CACCCACACACACACACACAUCCCCUAAUCUUCUUUGCAAAGAAGGGGAAAAAAAAAAAAAAAAAAAAGAAAGAAAAAGCUCUUCCUGGACGGCCCAGCAUGGAUUACAGUUUCUAUUCUUCGUCUCAUCAUCAUCAAAUCUACCAGUUCUACGGGCUUCCAAACCCUCAACAUCCUCAGCUAGGUGCAACGAUCCCCGACCAGUUCCAGGAUGCCCAGCCAGUGCAGAACGAACAUUUCCAUGUGUUCCAACCUUACAAUUUCGACCCAACCGUUCAGAAUCAACAUCCCGCAGAUGUACUUCCCCCCGAGCCGUUUCCAGCUGACCUACUGGACCCGCCAAGCCACGAUUCAAGUGACAACAAAAUGACGGAUCUGUCUGCUGUGCAACCAUCGGGUACUACCGAGAAUAGCGACGAGCUAGCGGAGGUGGUACAGAAUAAUCAGAGCAGUAGUGAGGAGAAGGAUAACUUGACCCCAGCCCAGAGUCGUCGAAAGGCGCAGAAUAGAGCUGCUCAACGAGCGUUCCGUGAGCGCAAAGAACGCCGCGUGCGUGACUUGGAGCAGGAGCUCAGCGAAUACAAGCAAAAUGUAAACACACUUCUCGAAGACAACGAGUGCCUGAAGCGCGAAAUCGCAAAGGUUGCUACAGAAAAUGAAAUUCUUCGGGCUACGUCCACCGCAAAUCGGUGUCCUGGGGUCGAUGCGCAUCAUGACCCACAGCCCAUCACUACUGGUCCUAUGAGAUACUCUCCGACCGACUACAGCAGCCCGGAGGGUGACAACAGACCCAAGCCUAUCCAUCGGAUGAAAGUCAACGGAGCGACGGGAGAGAAACUCCUUGAUGCAGCGGCCACGUGGGACCUCAUCGUGAGUCGCUUGGCGGACGUGGAUGUCAAGGUUGACGUGCAAGACAUUUAUAACCGGCUGAAAGGCCAUGCAAUAUGUGACGGGACGGGCCCCGUGCUCGAGGAGUCACGGGUCAGAAAGGCUAUUGAGGAGAGUAUCGCAUCAGGGACAGAUGAGCUGAUCUAGGUGAGGAGCUCCCUUAAUCGGGACUGUUCU